AAAGGGUCUCGGAUAAAAUGGAGAGGACUACAUAAGACAAAAAGAGUGCUUAGCCCCACCGAACUAGGAUUGUCAUUUACCUUACAAUCCAUUAUUCAAUCGGAAACUGCUAGCCUGAGAUUCCCUUCAGGGUGAAUUCUCAUGGGAACAGGGAACCUGUACAAGCUUUGGAGUCUCCAGGUUAUCCACUAGUACUAAAACUUGGGGUUCGUCAGAUCUUACUAAGCUAUAAGUCUGGGGUUUCUAGAUUCCAUGUUGACAAGUUUAAGGUCUGUAGUUCAGCCCAAACCAGUCUAUAGUUCAGGUGUGCCUGGUACCGGGGUAAAUUGAGAUGUCCGGAUUUUAAAUUGACAGUUCCAAAAGCGGUAGGGGCUAGACAAUUGGUGUUAAGUAAUUUGCCCAAAGUCCGACAGCUAAGUGUAUGAGGUCAAAUUUGAACCCAAGGCCUCCCCUGUUUGGACUGGCUCUCCACUGAACCACCUAGCUGCCCCAGGAGCUUACAAUUUAAUGAGAGGGGAGGGCAACAUGCAAAAAUAAUCAUAUUAAGUCUGAUCUGCUCUUAAGUCUGUUUAAUCAAGAAAACAAUCAAGCCAUGUUUUGUAGCUUUUACCAAAUUUCUAAAUAUAAAUUCAAGUGAAAAUCUAAAGACAGCCUUAGUAUAAAUGGGCUUCAGCACACCACGUGAAGUAAACACUAGCUUAAUACUUAAUAAAUACUAAAUUAGGAAAUCAUAAUAAGCAAUUUAAGGGGAUCGAGAAAGCUAUGACGUAGGAGGUGGCAAGAGAACUCGAAAGAAACUAAGGAUUCCAUUGUUCCAUAGAACAUUCUCUAAACACCUUCUAUGGGAAAACUGGCCCUAGCUUAACGCGGAAGAGGAGAUAAACAGAAAGCAAACCCGGAGGCGGGAUAAUGACGUUAUGGCGGGAACUUCUCAGUCCUGGGACCAAGGCGCUCCGAAAAGGUGUCCGCUGAUUGGCUGCGGGAGCGCGCGCUAAGUCCUGAAUUCUUGGGCUGGAGGUUUAGCCCCACCUUGUUUGGCCGCUUCCAGGGAAAAGGUGUUGAUGCUGAAUUAACGCAUUCCCUCUUUAAAAUGGCUUCAACUCCCAAUGUUGUGCUUCCUUUUUCGGAUUGCUUGUGUCAAAUAUGCACAGAUAUCCUUAUAGAACCCGUAACCCUGCCUUGUAGCCACACACUUUGUAAUUCCUGUUUCCAGUUGACUGUGGAAAAGGCUAAUCUCUGCUGCCCUUUCUGUCGUCGGAGAGUCUCUUCUUGGGCCAGACAACAUGCUCGGGAAAAUACUCUAAUCAACAUGGAACUGUGGGAUAAAAUUCAAAAAAGUUAUCCAGAAAAGUGCAAGAAAAAAACUACAGAGCAGGAUUUAGAUGGUGAUGAUGUUGAUAUGUAUCAACCACAUCGUACACUAAGCCAGCCUGGGGAAUUGAGGCGUGAAUAUGAAGAAGAGAUUAGCAAAGUGGAGGCUGAACGAAGGGCCUAUGAGGAAGAAGAAAGCAAAGCAAGUGAAGAAUACAUUCAGAAAUUAUUAGCAGAGGAGGAAGAAGAGCAAAAGCUAGCAGAAGAAAGGAAAAGAAAGAUGGCGGAACAGCUAAAAAGAGAUGAAGAACUGGCUCGAGAAAUCAGCAUCAAUCUUAACAAACUGAGUGAAAAAAGUGUCUUUAGUUCACCUUCAAGUGCUAAACAGUCUUCACCUGUCACCAACAAGUCACAAAAGAAGAUUAAGAACCAAUUAAGCUUCCUUGGAAGUAUUCAAAAGUAUUUGUCACCAAAAUCUCAGUUUGCCUCAGUACAAGCAUCUCAACUUGAACUUGCCACAGAAGAUAAUGGGAAUCAUAUGUCUCAGGAUGUUAGUAACAAUAAUGUGAAGAGCACUGGGUCGCAAGAAGAAGAAGAAGAUGAGGUUAUGCCAACAUUAACUCCACAAACAUUCCUUGAGAGUCAGAGCAGAGUUACAAAGAAUUCAAUUACAGAUUCACCAAUGCCUCAUUUAAGUGCCUUUAGUUUGGAAGAAGAAUGUCUUGAGAAAGAAACUAACUCACAGGUGAAUAAUCUAAAUGAGGUUAUAAAUGGACAUUUUUGUGCUAAUCAUGAAGUACAAACCGGAUUUCUCUGUUCUGCUGAGAUUGGAGCCACGUCUCCCAGAAAAGCAGAGAAUGGAAAUGCAGUAUCUAAUCUGGCGGAAAUAACCAUAAACAGUAUUGAUGAUACAGAAAAUGAAGAUAGGAAUCUGCUGAUUGGUAAAGAAAGUCCCAAAAGAAAAGAUCAGGAAUCUCCUGAUUUAGUCAGUGAUUCAAGCAAUUCUGCAAAGAGAAGAAAAUUCUGUAUGGAAAUUUCUUCAGAACAAGAAGAGACAGAAAAUAACAUUGCACAGAAACUGAUAGACUUGGAACACUUGCUCUUUGAGAGACAUAAGCAGGAAGAACAAGAUAGGUUAUUGGCCUUAGAACUUCAGAGAGAAGUAGAUAAAGAGCAGGGGAAACUGAAUCGGCAGAAAGGGUCCCCAGAUGCUUAUCCCUUGCGCACUAAAGUCUCCUUACAUCCAGACGAAUCUCCAAAUGGCUGGAGAAAGCAUUCCCAGGAAAAGAACUGCAAAAAACAACCUGAAACAGAGCUUUCAAAACCUCGAAGAAGCUCAAAAGAUGAAAACUGGCAGCCUUCUGGGAUCCAAAAGAAAAUUUCAGCUAAUAAGGGAGGAAAGGCACCCAAAUCUUUCAAAAAUGCCCGUUCUCUCCAACCUAGUAAUACUCAAAAAAGUAUUUUUGAGAUGUUUCAGCAAGCUGCAAAAUAACAAAUGAGGAAGGGUGAGCAAUAAGGAGUAAGAAACAAAUUUAAUGCACAUAUAUUCAAUAAUACUCCUCUAUUGGUAGGUACUUUUAGUGCAUUCUAUUUUGCAGAUCUACCUAUUACCUGUAGUUUCUCAGUCAGAAACCAGUUUGCAAGGAAAGUUAAGAAAAGGUGCCAGCGUACAACUUUUCUUUAGACAAAUUCCCAGCAGUCAACAAAGAAAUUGGUUUUUGUGUGUUGGCAAUAAUCAAAGUAUGGUGAAAUGGGGGAUGCUACUAGCUGGAAGAAGCUUUAGACCAUCUCCAUGAAAUCUUCAAAUAUUGUAAGAGUCUACUCAUCAUGGCCAAUACUCACUUGUUUAUUCAAUUCCACUCAAGAAAAAUAAAGCAAAAACUUUUCUCAAGCAUUUAAAAAAAAUGAGGAUGGAAGGUAUUGACCUUGCCUGUCUUCUUGCUACCUCCCUAAAUGUUUAAAGAAGCACUAAAGGGUCAUGGUUUCUUAUCACUGAAUUACAAAUUGUUUUCCUACUUAGAUUUUAAAUACUGUAAUAAAGUUCAUUUUUCUAGAAUGGAUCAGAAUCAAUGUUAGUCCAGAGAGAGAAUCAAUAAUUUUUGGAAAACUGAAAAUAGAUUCCUAACAGGGAAGUAACUACAACUUAAAAGAAAAAGUCUGGGUGUGGAAUAAUUAGAUAAUGAAGCUUUCAAGGGAGGGAAAGAUGAGGUUGAGCAAAUGGAACCUGGACAAAUGGUAGACUACAGGUUAUAAAGAUAUUCUUCUCCAAUGAGCUCUCUCAACACCUGGGUUUCUGACAAUUUUGAAAUAACCUACCAAGUGACAGUUUUUACAUUUUCCUUUUAUCAGUUAGCCAGAUUCAUUUUGGAAGCUACUGUUUCUGUUUGAGUUGUUAUUUUGGGAAAGAAAAUUUCAAGAUGGGUUGAGAUAUUUUGGUUUGUUUUUUUAUUUUUACUGAUCAGGCAACAGUGUCCUAAAAUCUGUUGUGUUAAAAUCAAGAAACAUUAGUGCUAGGAUCACUUUGACCAAAAAACACCAGACAGUCCAUUUCCUAGAUGUUAUGGGACUCAUAUUGAGUGUUGUGGAUUUUUACAGGAAAUAUUCCAAAGUUGAGAAAAGUACGAUGCUUAUUUUCUACUUGAUAAGACUGUCUUAAGUGACUUCCUUUAGUCUCUGUGAUACCAGGUACUAUUGUUGAUUCAACAGAAGUUCAAAAUGAUAUUUGAGUGUUCUGAAGUUGAUUGUGUAUAAAGUGGGGAUGGGGGCUCUUUUUUUUUUAUUAUUUCUGAAAGCACUUGACAGAUUUCAUAAUUGAAAUUUUCACCCAGUUAGCAUUUGUAUUUGAUGGAAUGUGUGUCUGGAAAACUAUGUCAACUAUUGAGAUGGUGGUUUUUUUUUUUGUUUUUUGUUUUUUUUAAGGUCAACAAAAUUAAAGCCUAUUUCCCCUAACCUUAAUACAAAUUCAUCUUACUUGCCUUAAGGUAGCAUAGUUUAGUGAACAGAAUUAAAUAAGGAUGAAAUCAGUCUACCCUGGACAACUACUGCUUUUGCAUCCUCCAAACAGGUGUUCAGGAAGCAGUUUACAUUUUGAUUACAUAGUAUUGAGAUUCAUUUUGUAAAUUAUUAUUUAGCACUUGAAAUAUAAUUGCUUAUGAAAAUUGUUAUAAAUUGUGGUUAGGUUCUCAGGCUAGCCAACAGAAGUGUGUGUAUUUUUAAUUCAUAAUAUAAUGGGACAUAGGAUGCAGAAAAAGAGGUGGGAUAGCAAGAAUGUUUUGACUUCCUUCUCUUAUCAGAAGACUGGCCUAAGCAAAGUCUUGAAGUAUAUUUGAUACUUUCCUCCUUGUUUCUACUCUUCUCUUAAUUCCUAUUAACCCUCUUCCGUUGUUCUUAAGCUUAUACUAGACCUUUUUCUCCAGUCAAAAUACCUGUUACCCCAAUGAAGUUAAUAUAUUGACUAGAUGUCAUAAGGAAAAUAUUAUGGAUAGAGUCUGCACAUGACUUAUUGAGUCAACCUUUCUACAGGUUUUUAUAUUGUUAUAUGGAAGCUUGCACAUCCAAAUGUGUCUUAAUUUCUUGUGGAAAAGGAAGAGAAAGCUAUUUGACUAGGAACACUGGAAUCAACAUUUAAGUAGGCCAACCUUGCCUUCAAUUCUGCCUCCAAGAUCAAUUUCUCUAAAACACUGCUGCUUUCCAAAGGAUCUUCCCUUCCCUUUCUUAAUUCAGAGUUUCUCUAGAAAGUGAGCUUUUUCACAGUGCCAGGAAGUAGGCUGGGGAAUACAAAGCACUGUAUGUGUUUACUAAGUCAGGCAUCUGUAUUAUUACAUGCUUUCUAGUAAUAUUAUGGGAAAUUUGAGAAAUAACCAAAUUUGCAUCUAUUAAGUUCUCUACCUUGCGACCGAAUGAAUGCUAUAUUUCAAAUGGAUGUCAUUAAAGAUCAAGUUCACACUAAAA